CCCAUUUUCCAUCAUCUCUGUUUUACUUCUAAACCAUCUUUUCUUUUUCAUUUCCCUAUUCUCAACCCUCAUCAUCCAUCCCAUCCAUCCAUCCAUCCUUCUCUCCUUCUCUCACUUUCUUAUCCAUUCAAGCACACUUUCUCUUUCUCUUUCAAUUUCCCUGUUGGAAAUCCUUUUUUUUCUGUGUCAUCAAUUGCUGACGUGAAAAAAGACAACCUUGCAACGGUCAAUCUCUUUACAUUCAUCGUCGCUUCAUAUCCAAUCUUCUAUUACUGUCUUGGAAAAGAGACCCAAUUAUUCUAGUUCAACAUGGCUAUGCGUGGAUUAACUGUCUUCAUCGCGGACAUUCGCAAUUGCCGUGUCCGCGAACUCGAGGAAAAGAGAAUCAAUAAAGAGAUGGCCAACAUCCGCCAAAAGUUUAAAGAUGGCAACCUGAGCGGCUAUGACAAAAAGAAAUAUGUUUGCAAGCUGUUGUACAUGUAUAUCCUAGGAUGGGAUAUUGACUUUGGACACAUGGAAGCAGUCAACCUCAUCUCAAGUACAAAGUACAGUGAAAAGCAGAUUGGAUAUCUCGGGAUAACACUAUUGAUGCAUGAGAAUAGUGAUCUGGUCCGCUUAGUGGUCAAUUCUAUUCGAAAGGACCUGGAUGAUAACAAUGAGAUUCACAACUGCUUAGCCCUGCAUGCUAUUGCCAACAUUGGAGGCCGAGAGAUGGCCGAGUCGCUAGCAGGCGAUGUCCAUCGUCUUCUAGUGUCGCCUAACUCCAAGAGUUUUGUUAAAAAGAAGGCUGCAUUGACAAUGCUCCGCCUCUUCAGAAAACAUCCUGAUGUCAUUCCGGCGCCUGAUUGGGCUGAACGUAUUACGAAUAUCAUUGACGACUAUGAUCUUGGCGUGUGCCUUUCCGUGGCCAGUCUUAUUACGGCACUUGCACAACAAUACCCUGAAUCUUUCAUGAUGGCUGUUCCAAAGGCUAUCAUGCGGCUUCACAAGGUCAUCGUGGAAAGAGAUUUUUCAGCAGACUAUGUAUAUUACAAGAUCCCAAUCCCAUGGCUCCAAGUCAAGCUUCUUCGUCUCUUGCAAUAUUUCCCUCCAACAGAGGAUCCCAACAUGGCUGAAAUGCUUCAUAACGUCCUUCAAACCAUCAUCAACAACUCGCAAGAGACACCCAGAAACGUUCAGCAUAAUAACGCACAGAAUGCUAUUCUAUUCGAAGCAAUUAAUCUGGCAAUUCAUUUGGACUGCGAAUCUGACAUUGUUCGCCAGGCGACCAACAUUCUUGCACGCUUCAUCUUGUCGAAGGAGACCAACGUCCGUUAUCUUGGAUUGGAAACCAUGGCCCAUUUGGCGGCAGUGACGGAUGAACUAGAUGAGAUCAAGAAGCAUGAGGAGACCAUUAUUUUAUCUUUGCGGGACAAGGAUAUCAGCGUUCGCCGUCGUGGCCUGGAUUUGCUUUAUAGUAUGUGCGAUGUUUCAAAUGCCAAGACGAUCGUGUCAGAAUUGAUCCGAUAUCUCCAUAUUGCAGAUUACGCACUUCGUGAGGAGAUGGUACUCAAGAUUGCCAUCAUGACAGAAAAAUAUGCCACAGAGCACUCAUGGUAUGUGGACGUCAUCCUGCAGCUUAUCAGCUCUGCUGGAGAUCAUGUAGGAGAGGAAGUCUGGUACAGAGUUGUUCAAAUUGUCACCAACCACGAAAACCUGCAAGAGUAUGCUGCCAAAAUGGUAUUGCAUUAUAUGAGCUCGCCACACUGUCACGAGAAUAUGCUUAAGGUUGGAGGUUAUAUCUUGGGAGAAUACGGACAUUUAAUUGCUAAUAUCCCAGGAGCAUCACCAAUCGAACAAUUCAACACGCUUCAUGCUCGAUUCGGACUGUGCUCGCUAGGAACCCGGGCAUUAUUGCUUUCAACAUAUAUCAAGUUUGUCAACUUGUUCCCAGAAAUUAAGGGCGCUAUUUUGGCAGUCUUUAACCAAUACCGCCAUGUUCUGGAUGCAGAGCUGCAGCAGCGUGCGUGUGAAUACAUGGCCAUUGCUACCAUGCCCACAGAUGAUCUCCUUCAGACGGUCUGUGAGGAAAUGCCACAAUUCCCAGAACGUGAGUCUGCAUUGCUCUCUCGACUCAAUGAGAAGACUAACCAGACCGAAGACAAGAGAACUUGGAACAUUGGUGGCAAGGAUUCGAACGAGAAGACCCCCGCAAACUUAAUUGCUGCUAGCAGAGAAAAGAACGAGAGCACAUCUGUGGAUGACCUAGUGUCAGGGAUGAACAAUACUAAUAUUAGCUCUUCUGCUGGUACUAAGGAUGAGGAAGGAAAACCGACCGCCAAUGGAUCAUCAAACCCCGCCUCACAGACAAAUGCAGCCUCAAAGCCUGGAUUGGCUUGGAAGGAUCAAUUGGCUCCUGGAUAUGAAAUCUGGUACAACCGUCUACGGGAUGGUGCUGAUGGCGUAUUGUACGAGGACAGCAUUCUGCAGAUUGGUGUCAAGUCUGAAUAUCAUGGGCAUUUGGGCCGUCUGGCCAUGUACUUUGGCAAUAAGACACAUACUCAACUCAACUCCUUCUCAGUUACGGUGGAGGCACCAGAAGGUCUAGUUAUCGCCAGCUCACAUACACUGGCUACUUCAAUUGGACCCUCGACUCAAAUUCAGCAGCUCUACAGCUUGGAGUGCCAGCAGAUCGUUACAGAGGUACCACUCAUCCGUAUCUCGUAUCAAGCAGGCUCCAUUCAGAGUAUUUACCUCAAGUUGCCUGUUACACUUUCGCGAUUUAUUGAGCCUAUCCAACUCUCCAGCGCAGACUUUUUUGCACGCUGGAAACAAAUUGGUGGCUCACCACGAGAGGUACAAGUUGUUUUCAAAUCGUCUGAGAAGAUCAAUCUGGAAAAGGCCCGUUCUAUCAUUGUUAGCAAUCGGUUAGGUGUUUGUGACAAUGUCGAUCCUAAGCCCGGCAAUUUUGUUGCCACUGGCGUCUACAACACUUCGCUGAGUGGCAAAGUCGGAUGUCUUGUGCGUCUAGAACCUAAUCGCGAGACAGAUAUGUAUCGUCUGACAGUCAGAACGACCUCAGAUAUUGUGUCCAAGCAGUUGAAAGAGCUUUUACAAUUAGCUCUGCUAUAA